CAUCCAGGCACUGCCAGGUGGCUGCGGGCGCGACGAGGUCCUGCGGCAGGCGAGGGCGAGGGCGGAGGCGAGGCCAGAGUGACAGGUGUGCGAGAGAGGGAGCCUCCUGCAGGUGGACAGGCCCGGGGGCACGUGUUCGCGGAAGGAACAGGGGGAGGCAGCGGUAAAAAGCGUGCAGAGUGCGAGUUGGCUUCGCCAAAAUGCCCAGUGCACACCUGUCUCUACGGGAGGAGGACGUGGUGCGACUGGCCUUAGAGUUCCUCCAAAAUAGGUACCUCCAUAUAUCCCAGCUCAAUGUAGAAAGAGAAACGGGCAUUAUUAAUGGCAACCAUUCGGACGAUGCUCUCUUUCUUCGUCAACUGAUUCUCGAUGGGCAGUGGGAGGAUGUUCUUGAAUUUGUGCAACCACUUGAAGCAAUAGAUGCUUUUGAUACAAAGAAAUUUCACUUCAUUAUUUUGAAGUACAAGUAUUUUGAGUUGUUAUGUAUCAAAGCAGAAGCUCCCAAUCCCAGCAAGGAAGGUGCUGUUGAUGAACUAGUCAAGGUCCUGAAUGAGUUGGAGAAAUAUGCACCUAACAAGGAAGCAUAUUCUCAACUCUGCCUGUAUCUGACACUCCCAAGACUUCAUGAACACUCAGACUUUCGUGACUGGAACCCUAGUGCUGCUCGCGUACAAUGCUGGACUCAGGUGUUCCCGCUCGUGGAGAAGUUCCUUCCUGCCGAGCGUCGCGGUGGUCUUGCAGGGGACAUGGAAGGAGUAGGAAUGGCCAAGAACGACCGCCUGGUACAGCUGAUCAUCAAAGGCCUAUUAUAUGAGUCAUGUGUUGAGUUUUGCCAGAGUCAGGCCACUGGUGACAGCAGUAACUCUGGCUCACUCAAAUUUCCCUCCCUGCUCUCUUGUACGACAUUUAGUGAUUCUGAUCUCUCAUUGUUGUCUUGGCUGCAAAGUAUACCACCAGAAACCUUUGCCUGUCCUUUUGAACAAAAGACACUAAAUGUUGAUGUUGAACGAUUAGAAAAGCCAUCUCUGGAAGCAUCAUGGACUGAACAUCUUCUUGUGACACCAAUUAAACCAAGAACUUUUCCACAUUCUGCAAUGCCGUACAAUAGGCCAAGAGCACGGGAUAUUAUGUCACGCUCUCUAAACCCGAAUCUCGAUGGUCUCCCAUUUGGUUUAGGUUCAAAUAGAAAUUCUAUGGCACUUUCUACAGGUGAUAUCAAUAUGAUGUCAAAGAGUAUUGCAAGCUUCCACCUUACAGGAAAGAAGACCAUGAAUACAUCUGUUGAUCGGCUCUUUGACACGGAAAAUGUUUUCACAAGUAGUUCGUAUGGGGAUCUGCCCACAAUCAUAGAAAAGGUUGGACUUCCCAAGCCGCCUCCAAGGAGAGCACGCUCAAGAAGUCCUGACAAGAGACAGUCCACAGAUUCGCUCAACAAACCAGCCUUUUCGGACAAAGUUGAAAAGGAUAUUCGGGAAGAGAAACCAGGUACGCCACCAGCGCUGCCACCAAAGUCUUCGCCGACACCCCCCCAGAUUCCCCCACCAAACCAUACCCCUCCAAACCUCCCUGCCCCGUACCAGCAGCAACCACAGCAUUACCCUCACCCAAAGCAAAACAUCCCUCUACCCCCAGUGCCAGACGGCAAGCCUUCCCACCCUCCACCCCAGCCUCCACAGCAGAACCAGAUGCCUCAGCAACCUCCGCAACCUCCCUUUGACAGCAACUGCAAUACCAACAAUGAUCGUGAGACGGGUGAACUCUUCAGCAUAUAUCAGCGGAGACAGCAGAUGAUGGGUCAGCAGCAGCAGCAGCAGAUGUAUGACCAGUACAGCAACAACAAUCAGAUGAUGAUGAACAUGGGAACGCUACAUCCUCCCAACAUGAAUAUGAAUCGGAUGAUGCCCGGGGGGAUGCCUCCGCCGAUGGCCGCCCCGACGGAGAACUUCAGCCCUGCGGCACAGCCUCCGUAUCUGCAAGGCUAUGACUCGCUUAAGGUAAGAGACUCUGCGUGUGGUCGCCGGCCGCCCGCCAGGACUGCGACUGGCAGCAAAGAUGGAGAGGCCAAACCCAGAUUCCUUGCCGUCACAACACUGGAGGAUGUGCAGGCCGUGCGCUGUGCCGAAUUCCAUCCCUCGGGCCGGUUCUACGCCGUGGGUUCCAACUCCAAGACGCUGCGGAUCUGCAGUUACCCCAAACUCUCAGAGCUUAGUCUUCGCAGGGAGGAUCACACCACCUACCAACCAACAGUACUCUUCAAACGCACCAAGCACCACAAAGGCUCCAUUUACUGCUUGGCCUGGAGUCCCAUGGGAGAUCUCAUUGCCACCGGCUCUAACGACAAGACGGUCAAGCUCAUGAAAUUCAAUGGAGACUCGUGUAAUAUGGACGGUCAAGAGAUCGAGUUAACAAUGCAUGAUGGCACUGUUAGAGAUAUGUGCUUCAUUGAGGACUCGAGUAACAAAUCAUCUUUGCUCAUUUCGGGAGGUGCUGGGGACUGCAAAAUAUACGUUACAGAUUGUGCAACUGGCACUCCAUUCCAAGCCCUCUCAGGACAUACAGGUCACAUUUUAUCUCUGUAUACAUGGGGAGGAGCAAUGUUUGUGUCUGGUUCACAAGAUCGUACAGUCCGUUUCUGGGACUUGAGAACUAGAGGCUGUGUGAAUGUUAUCACUCCUGCUGCAACACCUACAAAACCGGGAGCUCCCGUUGCAUCGCUCUGUGUAGAUCCGAGUGGGCGGCUUCUCGUCACUGGUCACGAAGAUUCAGUGUGCUCUCUAUAUGAUGUUCGAGGCUCACGAUGCAUACAGGCUUUCCGACCACAUUCAUCAGACGUGCGAUCAAUCAGAUUCUCUCCAUCAGCAUAUUACCUGCUUACUGCUGGUUAUGACAACAAACUUGUCUUGACAGAUCUUCAAGGUGAUUUGACUCUACCGCUCCCAAGUGUGGUUGUAGCUGAACACCAGGACAAGGUUAUUUCAGGUCGCUGGCACCCAUCGGACUUCUCCUUCAUUUCAACUUCUGCUGAUAAGAUGUGCACAUUGUGGGCAUUACCACCAGUAUAACAAGUUGAGAGAAUGGCAGUCAAAUAGAAUGAUUUACCCUACUUUUACCAGUAGAGAAAAGUAUGUGGUAUGAGGUAAUUCACAUAGAUUGAUAUUGUGUAAAUUUAUUAAACCUUGUGAUGAUGUAUCACCUUGAGAAAUUCCUCUACCUCAUCAAGGCUGGCAGUGUUAACCCAGAAGUCAUAGGGUAGUUUGUAGAUGAAUCUCAAUUAUUGCUGGUAAAUUGUCUAUGAUAUACAAAAGAUCAUGAAUGUGGAUGAUGUUCACAGGCAUGAAUCAGUCUCCAGAUAUCUUUGUAUGUGGUGAUGGUGGCGAGUUAGGAUUUAUGAAGAUAUGUUUUUUAUAUUGUAUUUAAAGGGAUGUGCAAAAAUAAUCACAUAGAAGAAUUAACAUUAUAUACUUGUGAAGUCUUCGCUACUUUUCAAGUUUCUGUUGUAAUUAAAAGUAUUAAUUUAUCUCACAAAGUAAUGUAAACAUCUAUUUGUGGUGAUUUUUUUUUUUUUUUUUUCUCCUUAUCAAAAGAAAAAAUGAAUAUAUUAGCAUUAAAGAAUACUUAAGUAAUGUUGUCAUACUUGAAUCCACUCAUUAUCAGUAAGCUAGUCACAGAAAACUGUGAGUCAGCCAUAUACUUCAUUACCCACAGAAGUGCAGUGUUAUGUUAUUGCCAAGUCCUUAUGAUUAUUGAAUUUAUAUAGAGUUUUCAUGUAUAUUUAGAUGAGAAUGUUUGCAAUAUAUUGAUAUGCAAUAAUCUUUCAAAUGUUUAUGCUUACUAUUUAUGUACUGAAUUUUUUUUUUUAGUAUGUAUUCUACUUGAAGAAAAAAGGAUGAAUGAACACUGUUGUUGUUCUCUGCAAGGAAUGUGUCCUGAAUUAUAUUUAAAAGAAACUGUUUCUCAGCCUAGUGGAAAUGUACCCCCAUAUUUACUCCAGUUUCUUUAUUGCUUAGUACUGAAUAUUAUUUGGGUUCAAAAGCCUGGUACUUAAAUUAGAUUACUCUUCCUCUUUGUCAUCUUGUACGUAGGGGUGAUUAAUCUGGGUUCUAAUUAAAUGAACGUUAUUUAUAAACAAAUGAUCAUUGCAUUAGUUCUUUAUAUUAGAGAGAGGUUUUAAAAUGGUACAGAAUUUCUACCUUGCUUUUUCCUCAAAUGGUUGAUUAGAAAUAUGCAUAUAUACAAAUAUAAUACUGUAAAGGAGGAUAGCCAUACAUGGAAUUCCAUGCAUUCUAAGAAGUAUUAGCAAUGAAGAAAUAUGGAAACCUUUUCUUGAUAAUGAUAAUGUUACUAAGGAGCAGAAUACAGGCCUCUGAAGUAAAAGCUUAAGGUAAUGUGUGUUAAGCUUUAAAUAUCCCGCUGUCUCAUCCCAAUCAAUGAACAAGCCAUGUAUAUUCUAGUGAGAAGUAGAAAAAAUACAAAGAGUAUGAUGCA